ACACUGAUCUUUAAGAGAGUGGUAACUAAUGUUGGCAAUAGAUACAACUCCAGCACAGGCAUCUUCACAGCCCCCACAAAGGGCGUCUACUACUUCUCUUUCACCGGCUGCGUGGGAAGAUCAGGUACAUUGGAUGCAACAUUGGUGAAGAACAGCGAACUCAUCUCUGAGAUCCACGACAGACGGGGAUCAACCGGCUGUAGCUCUAACAGCGUGACGGUGCAGCUGGAGGUCGGCGACACUAUCUUCAUCCGUCUCUGGAAUCGCCACAGCAUCUUCGACCAGGGCAAACUCAGCACCUUCACCGGGUUCCUCCUCUUCGCCGUGUAG